AUGGACAAGAUCGGUGAGAUUGAUAUUAUUCUGAAAGAGUCCCCCUCAACUACUCAAGGCCAUGCCCUCUAUCUGGGGUUCAAACAAGAGACUGAACUCCUUACAAAGGGUUCUAUUCUGAAAGAUGGAGCAUUGGCGCUGCCUUGCGAUAUCCUCUGGGAAAAGGAUGUCGAGUUGAGGCUUCGAGACGGGACCACGAUAUACACAGACGUCUUUCGGCCACCCAAUGGCGGCAAAAUAAUUCCUGCGAUCAUAUCGAGUGCUGGUUUUGGAAAGCAGGGUGGCUUGAACCGCAUGGGGACCGACCGCGCUCCGUGGCGCAAUGGAAUCCCUCAAAAGACUGUCAGUUCAUUGGAGAAGUUCGAAGCCCUAGAUCCGGCAUACUGGUGUUUGCAUGGCUAUGCUUUGGUUCACCCAGAUACCCGGGGUACGUGGAUGUCCGAAGGUGAUGUAUACAUCAAUUCCACAUUAGACGGCAAGGAUGGAUACGACAUUGUUGAAUGGAUUGCUGAGCAGCCGUGGUCCAAUAAGCGAGUGACUAUGGCUGGCAACUCAUAUCUCGCACAAACCCAGUGGUGGGUCGGUGCGGAAUCGCCUCCUCAUCUGACCUGUCUGGCUCCGUGGGAAGGAUGGAAUGAUUUGUACAAUGACACCGUCCAACGUGGUGGCAUUCCAGAUGCGGAGUUUCAACAAAAUCUUCUGGAUAAUUGCUUUGUAGGGUUAGGUCGCACGGAAGACGUGUCCGCAAUGACUGCGAAGUACCCAACUUGGAACGAUUAUUGGGAAGACCGUCGAGCUAAGGUGGAAAACAUUAAGAUACCACUGUACGUUGUUGCAAGCUGGACUAAUAUGUUGCACACACGGGGUACAUUCCGCGGAUGGUCCGAAUCGAGUAGCCCGAAGAAGUGGUUGAGGGUUCACAAUAGUCAUGAAUGGCCGGAUCUGUACUACCCUCAAAAUGUUGAAGAUCUUCGAAAGUUCUACGACCACUUCAUGAAGGACAAAUCCAACGGCUGGGAAUUUACACCCAAGGUCCGCUUGUCCAUCCUCAACCCAGGGAAUCAGGACAUUGUCAAUCGGCCGGAGCUUGAAUUUCCUCUCACGAGGCAACAAUCAAUACCUCUCUACCUGAAUGCAUCGACAUCCUGUCUGGAAUGGGGGAAUAAACCAACGAACCCGGAUACAGUUAACCUAGACAGCAGGAAGGACAUUGCCAAGUUUACUUACACCUUUCCCUGCAAGGCUGAGCUGACAGGUUAUUUCAAACUGAAGCUUUGGGUCCAGGCCAUCGGAAACGACGACAUUGAUCUUUUCACGAAGUUCUCGAAGUUGGACGCCAAUGGCGGCCUUGUUGAAACUGAGUGUGUUGAUGUUGGAUAUCUCCAAGAUAAUCCCGAGGUUGCCAAGGAGAAACUUCGAGAGAUGCAUGCAGCAGGAGAUCCGCGUGUAAAUGUAUUCUUCUCUGAAGGUGCACAUGGUCGCCUCCGGGUCAGCCAUAGGGAACUGGACAUCGAGCGAUCAACGCCGCACCAGCCCCACUACACUCAUCGCAAUAUCCAAACCUUAAAGAGCGAGGGUGAGAUUGUGCCAGUGGAGAUAGAAAUGUGGCCACAUGGAAUGAUCUGGGAGCGAGGCGAGAAAAUGCAACUCUCGGUUGCUGGCUUCAACCUGCGACCUGAGUUGUUACCCUGGGUGGAUGCUCCCAAAACACUGAACAACGGCAGAAUCUUAAUUCAUGCUGGCGGCGAAUAUGACAGCCUUUUACUUGUACCAUUCAUUCCUCAGGGCUGA